AUGCAGCUGCUUUCCUUCGUCGCUGUUGCUGGUCUCACGGCAAGCGUUGCUGCACGCAGCGCUCGCUCUGUUGGCAAGGACUUUGAACUUCCUCGCCCUCGCCUCACGCGUCCCCUGCCGAGCGUUCAGCAGCACAAGCGCCAGAGCAAGCAGAUCAUUACCACUGAGGCUUCAAAGUCUUUCGCCGUCAAUGGCUCUGCUGGCGCAAUUCCCCAAGUCGACUUUGACAUUGGCGAGUCAUAUGCUGGUCUUCUCCCCAUCAGCGACAAGGCCAAUGAGACGUCUGAGCUCUACUUUUGGUUCUUCCCCUCUGCGAACCGAGAUGCCGACGACGAGAUCACCAUCUGGUUGAACGGUGGACCUGGUUGCUCCUCUCUCGAGGGUUUCCUCCAGGAAAACGGACCCAUCUCAUGGCAGUACGGCAGCGGUCCCGGUCCCGUGUACAACCCAUGGAACUGGGCCAACCUCACCAACAUGGUCUGGGUUGAGCAGCCCGUCGGCACCGGUUUCACCCAAGGCACACCCACGGCUACAAGCCAAGAAGAAGUUGCCGCAGAGUUCCUCGGCUUCUUCAAGAACUUCAUCAACACCUUUGGUCUGCAGAACCGAAAGGUCUACAUCACUGGCGAGUCUUAUGCCGGACGCUAUGUGCCCUACAUCGCCGACGCCAUGUUGAGCGCAAACGACUCAUCCUACUACGACGUCAAGGGAAUCAUGUUCUACGACCCCAGUGUGGCCAACGAUGUGCUCCUCGAGGAUAUUCCCUCUGUUCCCUUUGUCGACAAGUGGGCCGGUCUCUUCAACUUCAACGAGACUUUCAUGAAGGAAAUUCACCAGCGCGCAGACGAGUGCGGAUACACUGAGUACAUGGAGAAGUACCUUACCUUCCCCCCUACCAGCAAGCUCCCCAUCCCCACAAAGGACGCCAGCACGCCCAACUGCUCCAUUUGGAACGACAUCAUCGACGCCGUCAUGCUCACAAAUCCCUGCUUCGACGUCUACGCUGUCGCCACCACCUGCCCCUUGCUCUGGGACCCCCUUGGCUUCCCCGGCUCCUUCGACUACCUUCCCCCCAACACUGAAAUUUACUUCAACCGCACCGACGUGCAAAAGGCUAUCAACGCCCCCGUCCAGCCCUGGGCUGAGUGCUCCAACGGCGUCCUCGACACUGACUCCUCCCCCCAAUCCUCAUGGGAAGUCAUCCCCCGUGUCAUCGAUGCCCUAGACCGCACCGUCAUCGCGCACGGCGAACUCGACUUCAUCCUCCUCUACAACGGUACCCUCAUGGCCAUCCAGAACAUGACCUGGGGCGGUGUCCAGGGUUUCCAGAAGCCGCCUACUGACGACUUUUACGUCCCUUACCACACUGACCUCAGCCUCACUAGUCUGAGCGCAAAGGGCAUCAUGGGCAAGACGAUUACCGAGCGCAAGUUGACAUAUGUCCAACAGGCGCUUAGUGGACAUAUGGUCCCCCAGUACCAGCCUAGCAGCGCGUACCGCCAGCUAGAGUUCUUGCUGGGUAGGAUUGAUAGCUUGACUAGCCGUGUUGGAUUUACUACGCUGCCGGCUGUUGAGCAGAGUAAUGCGACGAGUGUCGUGAGCAGGGAUUUGGGAGUGAUGAAGAAUGAGUUUAAGAAGUGGUUUUAG